CGAACUCCACACACGGGUCAGGUGCUAUUUCAACAUAAACACACAGAGAGCAAACAAGACACACAACAUGAACAAGAUGAAGAUCGAAGAAGUUCAAUCUACUACCAAGAAACAACGUAUUGCUACACACACUCACAUUAAAGGCCUUGGCCUUGAGGCUACUGGAAAAGCGAUUCCGUUAGCUGCUGGAUUUGUGGGACAGGUGUCAGCAAGAGAGGCUGGUGGGCUUGUAGUUGAUAUGAUUCGCCAGAAAAAGAUGGCCGGACGGGCACUUUUGUUCGCUGGACCUCCGGGUACUGGUAAAACCGCUCUUGCCCUUGGUAUUUCCCAGGAACUUGGUACAAAGGUUCCGUUUUGUCCAAUGGUUGGAUCAGAAGUCUACUCAUCAGAGGUAAAGAAAACCGAGGUCUUGAUGGAGAAUUUCCGGAGGGCUAUUGGUUUACGUAUCAAGGAAAAUAAAGAGGUUUAUGAAGGAGAGGUAACUGAACUAUCUCCAGAAGAAACUGAAAGUGUGACUGGCGGAUACGGCAAAGCCAUAAGUCAUGUUAUUAUUGGAUUGAAAACCGUUAAAGGAACAAAGCAAUUGAAACUGGACCCGACUAUUUACGAUGCUUUGAUUAAGGAAAAGGUAGCUGUUGGUGAUGUUAUAUAUAUAGAAGCAAACAGUGGUGCAGUUAAAAGGGUAGGCAGGAGUGAUGCAUUUGCAACCGAAUUCGAUCUUGAGGCUGAAGAGUAUGUUCCUCUUCCUAAAGGAGAGGUUCACAAAAAGAAAGAGAUAGUUCAGGAUGUAACACUUCAUGAUCUUGAUGCUGCAAAUGCACGCCCUCAAGGUGGACAGGAUAUACUGUCAUUAAUGGGUCAAAUGAUGAAGCCCAGAAAAACCGAAAUCACUGACAAAUUGAGACAAGAAAUCAAUAAGGUUGUUAAUCGUUACAUUGAGGAAGGGGUGGCAGAGCUUGUCCCUGGUGUCUUAUUUAUUGAUGAGGUACAUAUGCUGGAUAUGGAGUGUUUUUCGUACUUAAAUCGUGCUUUAGAAAGCUCGUUAUCUCCAAUUGUAAUCUUUGCUACAAAUAGAGGGAUAUGUACUGUGAGAGGAACUGAUAUGUCAAGUCCUCAUGGCAUACCGGUGGAUCUUCUAGACAGGCUAGUGAUCAUACGAACAGAGACAUAUGGCCCAGCUGAGAUGAUUCAGAUACUGGCUAUCAGGGCACAGGUGGAAGAGAUAUCUAUAGAUGAAGAAAGUUUGGCUUACCUUGGUGAGAUUGGUCAACAAGCAUCUUUGAGGCAUGCGGUACAGUUAUUAUCACCAGGCAGCGUUGUGGCAAAAAUGAAUGGUCGUGAGGGUAUUUGCAAGGCGGAUCUGGAGGAAGUGUGCAGCCUUUAUCUGAAUGCAAAGUCAUCGGCCAAACUUCUACAAGAACAACAAGAUAGAUACAUCUCCUGAUGAAUCUUGAAAUCGGGCUCAACUUCUGGUAUAAAAACUUAUAUGCUGAAUCUUUUCUAGACAUCUAAAAGAAGUUGUAGGUUCCGUUCUCGAGCAAACAUUUUGUUAUGUGUGUGGCGUUGAUCCCUGGGUUUUGGUGUACAAGGGAUUUGAACACGUUUUAAAAAUGAUUUAGCAGAAUGAGAAAUGGGUUGUUUUUUUAGCUUUUCUCAUUCAAGACAAACAAGAGAAUCAGACUGUUUUAAACCCGGGUUGUAUGUGAAUAUUGUUUCGGACUUGCUGUUC